UGAGCAGAGCACAGCUCACAUGCACAGACAGAGAUCUCAUAGACACAAUUGUAUUUUGUUCGCUGUCAUUUGCGUUCCGAAAACCUGCUGCUGCCGAGGACACAUACUGGUUACGGUGUGAGGGAGAGGGCGUCUACAGGAUGGCGCCCGGCAAUAGAAUUCCGUUCAGGCUUGUGAAGACUGGUGGAAAGAUGCGCAAAGGAUUUUCGACAUCCAAACAGGGCCCCGAGGCCUGGGGAGGGAAUGUGGAUUGGAAAACGAGGCCAAUGGGAGUUAGAUCUAAACAGCAAGGCUACAUCCCGAUUUACAACAGAGUGCCGCUGCUGAUUGUACCGGAGCUGGAGGGGUUCAAGCUCAAGCCCUACCUGUCACCGCACGGCGAGAAGGUGGAGAACUACGCGACCAGUCACCACGACGUACUGGUGGUGAUGCAGGCAGAAGGCUACGUCCCACCGGAGCAGCGCGUCAAGAUGCCCGACAUGGAGGACGGCGACAAGCUCGGCUUUCCCAAGAAGAAGACGCUGGAGCAACAGAAGGACGAGGCGACGAAAGCAAUGCCGAUGAGCAUCUACGAGAACGAGGUCGCGCGCUGCAAGCACCUCAACACGCCGUUCCGAGAGAGAUAGCAGCUGAACUGCUGGUCUUUUAGUAUUCAAUAACCCCCCCCCCCCUUUUUAAUUUCUCCUUGCUGCCAUCAUAUUUGCUUCAUGUUGUGUACGUGAUAACGUUCAGGAAGAGUCUCUCGCUUUCGAAUGUGCUCGUACCGACAUGCCAUGCUGCUUAGAACACGAAUCCAACCAGCCAAUCAGCUAGCAACUCUAUGUACAUCAUGUAUAUGCACAGGCUGCACCGUAACACGUCGCAGCAUGGACGUUAGUUCUCGUGCACUGUUUCCGAAACACGUGCUACGAUUUCAUUGGUAGCUUGUAGCUAUCGUUAUCC